UUAUUUCACAGCAAUAUCUAAGCAAAUAUUCUUGGAUUCUUCAUAGCUUAAAAAGUGAGCAAGCUGUAUGAAUUCAUAGGUUUUUGCUUCUGCAUAUAGUGCCACCAUGUUCCAGUAUCUAUGAGCGUGCACGUCGAUGGCUGCUUGGAAUAGCUGAGCCAUGUGAUUCUCGCGGAUCCUAUUUCGGAACCCUUUAAGUCAAUGCACACUGCUCACAGCGGCUGGAAGAAUAGCAAACCAACACAGUGUUUAAUCUCAUUGUAUGUCCUACGCUCUUGAGACGCGCACGGUGCUGUCAGCUGAUAAGACGCUUUCAAGUGUGUGUCGCGUGAACCUGCCCUGCGGUCGCAAUGAUGGCGCUGGACAAGCUGCUGAGUUUUGGGAAGCGGUUGCUGAGGGUGAAGGUGGUGGACUGCAACGCGGAGGACUCGCGCCUGUCGCGAUGCCUCAACACGUUAGACCUGGUGGCCCUGGGAGUGGGAAGCACUCUCGGGGCGGGUGUCUAUGUGCUAGCGGGUGCUGUUGCACGAGAGAAUUCAGGUCCUGCCAUUGUGUUGUCUUUCCUGAUAGCUGCUUUAGCGUCAGUGUUAGCUGGCUUGUGCUACGCUGAAUUUGGAGCUCGUGUUCCUAAGACAGGCUCAGCUUAUCUGUAUUCCUAUGUAACUGUUGGAGAACUCUGGGCCUUCAUCACUGGGUGGAACCUCAUCCUCGCUUAUAUCAUCGGUACCGCCAGUGUGGCUCGGGCAUGGAGCGCCACCUUCGACGAGUUGAUAGGGAAGCGAAUAGAGCACUUCAGCAGACAAUACAUGUACAUAAACGCACCGGGGGUAUUGUCAGAAUACCCCGACAUGUUUGCUGUUUUCAUUAUCAUCACCCUCACAGGUCUGCUGGCAUUCGGGGUGAAAGAGUCUGCGAUUGUCAACAAAGUUUUUACAUGCAUCAACGUCUUGGUUCUAUUGUUCAUGGUGAUCUCUGGCCUGGUCAAGGGCACGAUGAAGAACUGGUACCUGGACCCUGAUGAAAUCCUACAUGUCAGCAAUAGCAGCAACUCCAGCCUCAACCUCACAGACAUCCUGCCAACCAGAGAAGAGUUAGGUGUUGGUGGCUUUAUGCCUUUUGGUUUCGCCGGAGUGCUGUCUGGAGCUGCUACCUGUUUCUAUGCCUUUGUGGGAUUCGAUUGCAUAGCAACCACAGGUGAAGAGGUGAAAAACCCCCAAAGAGCCAUCCCCAUUGGCAUCGUGUCCUCGCUGCUCAUCUGCUUUGUAGCAUACUUCUGCGUUUCCGCAGCCCUCACGCUCAUGAUGCCGUACUACCUGUUGGACAGCAAAAGCCCUCUGCCCGUAGCCUUUAAAUACGUGGGAUGGGAAGGAGCCAAAUACGCUGUGGCUGUCGGCUCCCUCUGCGCACUGUCCACAAGCCUGUUGGGUUCCAUGUUCCCCCUGCCUCGUAUCAUCUUUGCCAUGGCUCGAGAUGGCCUACUCUUCUCCUUCUUGGCCCGCGUCAGCGAGAGAAAAUCCCCCGUAACAGCCACAAUGGCUGCCGGGGUUCUGUCUGCAAUCAUGGCGUUUCUGUUUGACCUGAAAGACCUGGUGGACCUGAUGUCCAUAGGGACACUGCUGGCCUAUACGUUAGUAGCUGCCUGUGUCCUAGUGCUAAGGUAUCAGCCUGAGCUGCCCGGUGGAGCGUAUCAGAUGGCCAAUACCCAGGAGGAGAUGGAGCCAAGCAAUGGCAGUAUGGGCAUCCUACCCGGUGUGGAGGAGAGGUUCAGCUUGAACACCUUGCUCUUCCCAGACAGCCUGGAGCCCACCUCCCUUUCAGGCUCCUCGGUCAACAUCUGCGCCUCUGUACUGGGCCUGCUCAUAUUGGUGUUCAGCGCACUGGCAGUCCAGGGAGGCAGCGCUCUGUGGAACCUUGUAGUCCUCAGCCUCAUCUUCAUUAUCUGCCUCGUCCUUGUUUUUGUCAUCUGGAGGCAGCCCGAGAGCAAAACAAAGCUCUCGUUCAAGGUUCCACUGCUGCCCUUCCUUCCGGUGAUCAGCAUGUUCAUCAACGUCUACCUGAUGAUGCAGCUGGACCAAGGCACUUGGAUACGCUUUGCCAUGUGGAUGCUUUUAGGUUUUGUGAUCUACUUCAGCUACGGCAUCCACCACAGCGUAGAAGCGACGACGGCCCGCUCGUCCCCCGACAUGGAGAUGGACAGCUACAAGCACGACCACGAUUCCAUCACACCGGAGAAGGAGGCCUUCCUUCACAACGGCAUCGAGGUCAGGGAGGACGACGACAGAGACUUGUAGGGACGCGACAACCCCGUGUAUCUUCCAGCUCCCUCGCUGCCGUGACUCCGUCAAGAGCGGACAUUACCAGCGGUCACGCUCAAACACAGGACUAUUGAAGCUCCACGCUGCCGUGCCGAGUGAUUUGCAUGAGGGUGCAGCUGUCUCAGUAUGUAUCUCGCUGCUGACCAUAUUUUUGAAACAACCUUGUAUUGACAUAUUUCUACACAUGCAAUAACUCACCCGCCCGUUGAAGUUUAUACGCUCAACAGCGCGACAUUCUCCUACUCUUAUGUAAGCCGUGCCGAAAUGUUCUGGGACUCCUGGCAGGACACUCCAACACAAAUAGUUUGUCUAUGAUGUUAUUGCUGUCCUUCGCUUGGCAGAACAAACAGGGCCACAGUGCUGCACCUGUUGGGGCAGCACUGACUAUACAACCCUUUCACACCUUCUCUGAAAUGAACAUUUCAGAUUUAACAUCCAGUGGCACAAAGCCUGCAGAGGUGCCUAAUUAUCCGUUAACAAGAUGGCGUGUUGUAAUACGAAAGCGCACAUUUUCCCACUUUGAGGGAGGGAAAAUGAAGAUUGUUUGGAUAUAAAUGAUGAGUAUUAGGCAUUGCGUGAUCACUUCCACAGUGCUGGCUACUGUGUCUUUCAGCAUCCAUUGCUUAUAAAAAAAUUCAUUUGUAUAUUUGCUUUUCUCCCUUUAUAACUUUUAUUAUAUCCUUCCUGUUUUUAAGGCUUCUCGGAUUUUAAGGGAAUUGGAUCAACCACCUGUGAUGUUUGUAUGAGUUCAUUAUAAGCCAGAACUAUUUAUAAGUUCAGGUCUUAUUUUUAAGACCAGGUAUUUACUGUGUGGGUUUUUGGGCAGUCGCUUUACAACAAAAGUAGUGCGACCAUAUACAGAAGAAUUACAAAUAUGUAUAUACAACUUUGUUUAUAUUCUGUUAAGUAAAUUAUUUGUAAAUGUCUGUUUUUUUAAUGCUUUGUGAAUAAUUUGUCCGUGGGUGAUUCAGUCCUGGUAAUGUGUUGCACAGUUACUAAUGUGUCACAUACAGUGGGUCUGGGUUAGUUUUUGCCUCAUCCCUCACUUACAGCGUGAGUGAAGAAUGCAUAAAGAACGCACUACCGACCUGAUAAGUGGGAAAGAGAAAGAGAUGAUGCAGUACUAUCUGCUCACAGAUGCGACCUGCUGGUUGUUUGAGGCUGAGCACAUUCCAGUUAGUCCUGGAUCAGGGGUGUCAAACUCAUUUCAGCUCAGGGGCCACAUGGAGGAAAAUCUAUUCGCAGGUUGGCCGGACUGGUAAAAUCACGGCACGAUAAUUUAAAAAUAAAGACAACUUCAGAUUGUUUUUAUUGUUUAAAAAUCGACCAAGCACAUUCUGAAAAUGUACAAAUCAUAAUAUUUUUAGUUGUUUUUUUUAAUAAUUAUAUGUUGCGGCUAGUAUUACAUCUUCAUUUGUCCUUAUUUAUACUUUCUGAAUAAAUGAUGUGAUCAUGUCCAUCAGUCAAAUAGGUGGAAUUGAGUCUUGCACAGUUUUAAAAUGCUACCAUUGGUGCUAAUUUUGAAUGUAUCAGAUGAAAUGAAUAAUAAUAUAAAAAUCUAAUUCUAGGAUAUUAUUAUGUAAUUUACUCAUUUUCCUCAACUGAUGUACUAACAUAAUGUGGUUUAUUUUGUACAUAUGUAGCAUUGUCUACAACAUUUUUAUACUUAGCAAACUCAUAUCGCGGGCCGGAUAAAACCUGUUCGGCCGUACAUUUGACACCCCUGAUAGUGCCACUCCUUAAUGGUUCAGUCACAUGCAGGAUUGUCAGAUGAAUGAUGCAAAAAUACAACCCUACCUACUGUAUACAAUAUGUAUACAAUGUGUGUCAGAAAAGAUCCAGGAUUUGACUUGUGAGGGUGCAAGAUCCUGCAGUGUUUGCUUUGUUCACUGCGUGAGAAGAGGCGAGAGUUGUGGCAGGACAACUUGUGGCUGCUAACAACGCCGUGAGCAUUUGACAGUUCCUGGCCGAGGAUAACAUCCUCGUGCUGGAGCAACCUUGAUCUGGCUCCUUUGGGAUUUUUUUAAACCUUUUUUCCAAGCUUAAAAAAGGUAAUCAAAGGAACCCGUUUUGAAAAUGUGGACAACAUCAAGAUGGCCGAGACGAGAGGCUGCGGUUGAUCAUUCCGGGAGUGCAUGAAGGCAUUUUCGCUGGGAAAAUGUGUGAGCGAACAGUCCUGGAACUUUUCUGACACACCUUGUAUGUACAGCAUUGUUAAACGUGACUGAGUUCACUCGCUAAAAUGGCAGUUGUAAAAUGAAAUAUUGUACAGCCGGGACAUCAAAAAAACAUGUAACAUUGUACAGUAGUAAUAAACUCCAUGA